AUGGGUUCGAGUCUGUCCAAAGCGAUGGGCAAGAUCUUUGGCAACAAGGAGAUGCGUAUCCUCAUGCUCGGUCUGGACGCAGCAGGCAAGACCACCAUCCUGUACAAGCUCAAACUCAACCAAUCCGUCACCACCAUCCCCACGGUGGGCUUCAACGUGGAGACGGUGCAAUACAAGAACGUCAAGUUCAACGUCUGGGACGUAGGAGGACAGGACAAGAUUCGACCUCUUUGGAGACACUACUACACCGGCACCCAAGGUCUCGUCUUCGUCGUUGACUCGCAGGAUCGCGAUCGAAUCGACGAGGCACGUCAGGAACUCCACCGCAUCAUUGGCGACCGCGAAAUGCGCGACUGCUUGCUCCUCGUCUUUGCCAACAAACAGGACCUACCCGGCGCCAUGAGCCCCGCAGAGGUGACCGAAAAGCUAGGCCUGCAUAGGAUGCGCGAUCGAAGCUGGUUCGUCCACCCCUCGUGCGCCACCUCGGGCGAAGGCCUCUACGAAGGCCUCAGCUGGCUAAGUCAGAACGUCUCCUCCUCCAAGUCCUAA